AUGAAGAACGAAAACAAUGAAAAUCAAUCUCCAAAGCUGCAUGUAAUUUCGUAUAAUAUACAAAGUUUGGGUAAACCGCGAAAUCAUUUUCGAAACCUUAGAAUAUUUUGGAAGUAUUUGAAACCAAUCACGCACAAACCACAUAUUAUUUGUUUUCAAGAAACAUUUCUCAAUUCCCAACACUCAGAUCAAUCCGUUCCCAUCGAUGGCUACAGACUUUUUCGUUGCGAUGAUAAUUCUAGACGGGCUGGUGUUAUCACUUAUGUGCGAGAUGAUGUACCAAGCGUAGAAAUUCAUAAAAAUUCCAACUUGCAACUUCUUAUUGUUCGCGUGAUGAUGGGUGAUAAAACUAUUGACAUCAGCAACUGUUAUCGUCGACAAGGAGGGUACUACAAAGCACUGCCAAAAGUACCUUCGUUGACAGAAAAACAGUACAUUGAAAUAUAUACCAAAGAACACAUGUUCCAUACUGGUGUGGGACAGCGUUUACUUAUUGGAGACUUUAAUAUCGAAACUGAUUUGAAUGUCAUGCCAGAAUAUAUCAAAGAUAUGUGUAAGAAAUUAGAUGUGUUACCAACUGUGAGGGGACCAACUACUCGAAAAAGCGCACGUUGUAUCGACAACCAAUUCUGUUCUGCUGACCUAAUUAAAUCAAUCAAAAGUGAAGUGAUUCAUAAUCCAUGGAAGAGGCCAAGUUCUCCUCAUGCGAUCAUCAACAAUAAGUUUUACUAUCAACCGUCAGACGACUAUUCACCCGCACUUACUUCUACUGCACAGUUACAAUCGAAUUCUAUUCUCUAUACAAUUCCUGAAUCUUCCUCUGUAGAGGAAUCAUCCGCUUCGUCUUUUACUAACAAUUCUCAUGGACAUAACAGUAACGCUCGAACUUCCGACAAUCGUUCAAAUAACUACGGAUUCUUACAUGAUUCCUUGAGCUCACCUACAGAAUUUCAAUGUGGAUCAGUGAUGAUGGAAAUAGCUAAACCCGUUCCUAUUCGAUUCAUAGAAAGUUCUAUUGUGAAAAGUCGCAUUCAACUUGAUCCAAGUGUUAUGGCACCUUCGCUCAAACCAAGUGCUUGUUAUAAAGGCCUGAAAAAAGAUUUAACUAAUGUAAUCCAGUCAAAACCAUUAAUAGAAGCUAAUAAUGAACAAAAACGUUUACAUAAUGACAUAGAUCUUCAAUCUCCUAAAGUAUCACAUGUCACAAAUCGACAAGAUGAAUCUCUUCAGGUGAAAAAUUCUAUGUUGAAACUGCAUUUACCAAUUCUCAUCGAAGAUGAAGACAUAAACGUCGAUUUAACUGAACAAAAUAUAAUUCGAGACGGUGUCCACGUUGAAUUUAAACCCCUUCAGUCUCAACCAAACCAUAGCUUACUUCCAGAAACUGAACAAACGUUAUUACUAUCAACAGAAAUGGAAGGUAAACAAAAAAUUCUGCAUUCCAGUAUCAUUCCUAAAUUUCCAAACAUCCAUCGUAUCAAGAAAAAUGAAGGUGAAUCGUUCAAUAAUGAAAAUAUAAAAUUUGUAACGCAACCUUUAAUGCUCGUCAGGUCACAUGAUUUUGAUCUCGGUGUCACUAUAAAAGACACAACCCUGGUGCUCUUCUUUAUUGAACCUAAACCAAUUUCUCACCAACCAAUUCAUGAUCUACUGCGAGAAAAUAAGAAUAUGCCUGUAUCAUCAACGGCCAUUAUCAAAACUGAAGCAGCCAAUAAUCCAAACUCGAAUGUUCCUCAUUCUGCAUUAAAUGCUGUUGUGUCUGAACACUUUCCUACUUCAAGAAUUGCCGGCUGCGAAUGGGUAACACUGGAUAGAAAAUUCGGAGGACUCAUACAAACAGUAACUAUAAAGCAGGUUAUACUUAAAGAGGAAUCAACACAUAAAUCCAUGGAAGGAAGACGCUUUCGUAUACAUCAGAAUCCUAUAUAUAUAAAGGAAUCGUUCAAACAAGCAGGAAUAUAUUCUCACGAUCCAUCACAAAAUUAUCGGGAAAUCGUAUCGAAAUGUUCAGUAGCGCCUCCAGUCAAAGCAGCAGCAAAUAACUGCGUUUUCGCAGGGGUGGAUACAUUGAUGUAUGCUUAUUUUGCUACAGAUAAAGGUCGUCCUACUGUCAAACAGGGAAUAAAACGAGUUGCAAUAGCCACCGCUCGAGGUUUUAUCGAUUCAGUUGUCCCUGAUAGCGAAUUAAUAUUUACCGUUGGCACGGCAGUUUACAAUGGCGACUAUGAAAAUCUUCGUAUGGACAUAGUCCGUGCAUUGCCAUCACUUAUUCCUGGAAAACCGAUUCGUUGGACACGUGAACACACACAAGCAAAUGCACCAUUACGUGAUAAUGAUCUACGUUCAGAUAAUGUCCAUCGAGAGGUCGUCGAUCUUUCUAUACCAUAUCUCCCUGGUUUUGUCUCGGCUGGAUUCUGUAAGGAUAAAGAACAAAUCAAAUUCUCUCGUGACGGCAUCAAUACAUUCCGAGAUGCAAAUACUUUUCAAGGUCAUGCAUCUAUUGGCACCACAUUUGAUGCAUCUGUCGGAUUCACCUUCGGUACUGAAAUCAGCGAGCCAGUUACCAAAAUCACCGAAGAUGGUACAACACAAACAACACAAUGGAAAAAAGAAUUUAGUGGACAAUUUGGCAGAAGAUGUCGUGUAGCGGAUCGGAAAGCCGCAACGGACAUGGGUCCUGCAUUUAACUCAGUAUUGAAAACCACGACUGUGAAAAGUAACACUGAUGGAUCACCGAUCGCUGUAAGAAAUAACUUACCCUUAACACACCUCACGCAAGUAAAAGAUAACCUUCUGAAAGAUCAUGGAAUUAUUGCGACACUACACGAAAAUUAUGUAUACCGCGAAACAAGAGCACUUCCAACUAAUUGUCGUGUAGAAGUAGUAUUAAACGAAGCAACGAAUGUCAUAGAUACUAAACAAGCUUUUGGAUUAUGGCGAAAAGGCCAGAAGAGAGAAAAACACGAUUUAUAUAGAGCAGAAGAAAAUGUCAGUUACCGUUCUGAUCGAGAACUGCCCGAUGAAAUCGAAACAACAAUUACUUCUCAACAAGCAAUACUAUUUGGUCAAGAUCUACGUGAAAGCAGUGAAACACCAAAAAAGUUUCUUAUAUUCUCGAGUGAAACAAAAGUUACACAUUAUGAAGUAGGAGCACAACGCGAAAAGGAAGUUGUACGCCAGGAAUCGACAGAUAAAACACAAAUAAUAAGCAAGAAAGAUGGAACUCCGUAUAAAGUAAAAGAUGGUGGAACUACCAUCGGUAGAAAGAGAAUCAAAUUCAUUCAAAAAGUCUUCUAUAAGAAGAUACAACACCUGGGAACAAGUAAUGAACUAUCUUCUACUGUGGGUAUAAGAGAAACAACGGCUACAAAACGUGAAGUAAAAGGUACUCUUCAACCUGAAGUUAUCACGACCUAUUAUGAAAAGACACAAACCGUUGAAAGUACAAAAGAAGAUAGAAAAAUUGGAUCACCUUAUUUGGCAAAGAUAAGACGUGUGCAACAAACAUUUGGUCUUUUUACAAACAAGAUAACAGACUAUGAAAUAAUUUCAGAAAAUGGAGUACCACAAAAACCAAAACAAUAUAGUACUGAAACAUUAAGUGAUGCAGGAUAUAAUGGUUUAAGUUCGCUUACAACAAAUGGACUUCAUUUCUAUUUUAAUCCUGAAGCUCGAACAACACGAAAUUUUCUAAAUGCUGGUGUCGAUGUGUUUGCCGAAUGCGCAAAUGGAUGGGCACAUUCAAAUUUUAUUGUACAUCAAAAUUCUCUUGACUCCGUAUUCUUAGCUAUUGCAUUCAGAGUGGGAGGAACAACCAUUAGAACAUUAGCUUCUUCGACCGUUGACACUUUAAAAUUGGUAAGACUGUCGAAGAAUAUAUUGAUAACUAGUGCACCUUCACUUGUCUCGAUUGGCGUUAAUGCAACUUCACAAAUUCCCAUACAAUUGAAAGGUCAUGCAAGUGUAAUAACAAGUCUAACUAUUCGAAUAACACAACUUAUACAAGAUUAUCGAGAAGAUCGCGUCAACUCAGCAGAACUAAUCGCUGCAAUCCUCCGAGAAAUCACAUCUGUCGCAACGAUUUACGGUAUACAAGCGUUCGUACCUGAAAUAGUGAAAUGCUUACCACUUGAUUCAUUAAGAGCAUCUGUAGUUACCUGUGUAACAGUAGCUGCGGUUACAUUCGGUGUUUCCAUAGCGUCAUCAUGGGUGAUGAACAAGUGGCGAGAAGGACGGAAUAAAAAAGAAUUUUUAAACCUUUGUAAACAACUAAAAUUUAGUCCAAAUGCGACAGAUUCAGAGAUCGAUUCGCAAUAUCGACGGCUCGCAUUACAAGUUCAUCCGGACAAGACUCAUGAUGAUGGAUCAGGAUUUAAAAAGCUCACCAAAGAAGUUCAACGAUUUCAUGAACUACGCCUACAAAAUAAUAUUUCGCAAGACAAAACCGAAACACAAAAAAUUAUCGAAAGACUCAAACAGUUUCUAAUAGAUCCUAUGGCAUUUCUUCGAUAUUUCGCACAAAAAGUCACUCCAUCUACUGAUUCUCCUGUUCCGAUGUUAAGUUAA